AUCCUGGCUGAGAGGCGGCGGGAGGAGGAGGACCAGAGCCUGCUGAGGAGCCAGCCGCUCUGGAUACGUGUCCAGCAGACAAACACAGUGCCCCACAGUAGCAGGACUGUUCCCCAGAGACAAUGCAGAGAAUGAGUGGACCCCCUCAGAACAACAAGUCAAGCAACAUGGGAAGUAACCUGAUUGCAGGUGGACACAAAGAGAUGAGUGGGGGUGGAAGUAACUUCAUAGCUGGAGUCUUCAUCCAGGCUAUGAAUAAGAAGAUAAGUAUCUAUGAUGCCAUGAUGAGGGGGCUCCUGACACCGGGUACGGCCCUGGUGCUGCUGGAGGCACAGGCUGCUUCAGGGUUCCUCACCGACCCCGUGAGGAACGAGAAACUAUCGGUGAAAGAGGCACUGACUGCAGGACUCAUAGGCAGAGAUUUUUAUGAGAAGCUGCUGUCAGCAGAGGGAGCUGUGACAGGGUACACAGAGCCGUACACAGGACACAAGAUCUCCCUCUUCCAGGCGAUGAAGAAAGAGUUCAUCGUAAGGGAGCACGCUAUCCGCCUGCUCGAGGCCCAGAUUGCCACCGGUGGCAUCAUCGACCCCGUCAACAGCCACCGCCUCCCCGUGGAGGUGGCCUACCAGCGCGGCUACUUUGACCAGGAGAUGUGCCAGUUUCUUUCUAACCCCGAGAAUCAAACGAGAAGUUGCUUCGACCCCAACACGCAUGAAAACCUCACUUAUACACAGCUCCUCCGCCGCUGCGUACCUGACCCGGACACAGGGCUGCUUAUGCUCCAUGUGAUGGACAAGGGCUCUGUGCUCUACCAGCUGAACAAGGAUGCCCGGAAAGCCCUGCAGGCUGCCCGCACCACCAUCAACGUGGGGCUCUUCCAGGGCCAGAGCGUCACCGUCUGGGAGCUCCUCUUCUCCCGCUACAUCCCUGAUCACCAGAGAGAGGAGCUGCUGAAGAAAUACAAGGCAGGGAUGGUGACCAUCCCAGAGAUGAUCACCAUCCUCACCACCAUCAUCACCAAGGCAGAAAUGGAAAACGGGGAUCUGGUCUCAUCCACAGUUAUACCCAACAAUGAGGUGGAAGCAUCACAACCAGUUCAGGAUAUACACUCCCAGGAGCAACAGUUGAGAAAGUCCUUAAAAUCUGCAACCAUCUAUGUCACUGCUGGUGAGUUCCAGGGGCAAAACAUUUCCUUGUUGGAUCUGCUUUUUUCCAAAUACAUCCCUCAAGGGAAGCGGCAGGAGCUGCUGGAGCUGUACAGAGCAGGGAUACUGACCACAGAGCAGGUGGCUACUGUGGUCACCACCAUCAUAAACAGAAGAGAAGCUGCAAAUGCCGUGCUCAUGGCAAAUGCCAGAAGUCCACACAAGGCAGUGACAAGGGCAGAGGAAAAUGGAGAUGAUUUUUCAACCCAAGAUGCACAACUAGAUAACAUCUUGAAGUCUACCACCAUUGAUGUGCCAGCUGGUGAGUUGCAGGGCAGGCAGGUCUCUGUGUGGGACCUGCUCUUCUCUGACUACAUCCCUGAGGAGAAAAGACAGGAGCUUCUGGAGCUGUACCGUGAAAGGGUAUUAACUCUGGAGCAGAUGAUAACUGUUGUCACCACUGUCAUCAAGAAAAAAGAAUCUACAAGCAGGAAAUUCCUAAUUGCAGUCAAGACUGCUGACAAAGACACUGUGUCAGAAGCAGGAGAGAAGGAUGACGACUCCCCCAAGGAAGAACCAUGGGAAACAGCCUUGAAAACCACAGCCGUCGACAUGGAGGUUGGGGAGUUUCAGGGCCACAAGGUCUCUGUGUGGGACCUGCUCCACUCCAAGUAUAUCCCAGAGGAGAACAGAAAGGAGCUCCUGGAGCUGUACCAGGCAGGAGAGCUAACCCUUGAGCAGGUGAAAACCGUUGUCAGCACUAUCGUAACCAAGACAGAAGCAGCAAAGGCAGAGCAAUUGGCAAAUGCGAGCAGUCCAAGAGCAGAGUCGACAGUUGCAGAAGCUGAGCACACCUACCUGCAGGAGGACAGGACCUGGGAAGAGACCCUGAAGUCCACCACAGUCGAGAUGUCAAUGGAUGAGUUCCAGGGGAGGCAGGUCUCUGUGUGGGACCUGCUCUUCUCUGACUACAUCCCUGAGGAGAAAAGACAGGAGCUCCUGGCGCUGUACUGUGCAGGGACACUGGCCUUGGAGCAGUUAAUAAUUGUUGUCACCACUCUCAUUAAGAAAAAAGAAUCUACAAGCAGGAAAUUCCUAAUUGCAGUCAAGACUGCUGACAAAGACACUGUGUCAGAAGCAGGAGAGAAGGAUGACGACUCCCCCAAGGAAGAACCAUGGGAAACAGCCUUGAAAACCACAGCCGUCGACAUGGAGGUUGGGGAGUUUCAGGGCCACAAGGUCUCUGUGUGGGACCUGCUCCACUCCAAGUAUAUCCCAGAGGAGAACAGAAAGGAGCUCCUGGAGCUAUACCAGGCAGGAGAGUUAACCCUUGAGGAGGUGAAAACCGUUGUCAGCACUAUCGUAACCAAGGCAGAAGCAGCAAAGGCAGAGCAAUUGGCAAAUGCGAGCAGUCCAAGAGCAGAGUCGACAGUUGCAGAAGCUGAGCACACCUACCUGCAGGAGGACAGGACCUGGGAAGAGACCCUGAAGUCCACCACAGUCGAGAUGUCAAUGGAUGAGUUCCAGGGGAGGCAGGUCUCUGUGUGGGACCUGCUCUUCUCUGACUACAUCCCUGAGGAGAAAAGGCAGGAGCUCCUGGAGCUGUAUCGUGCAGGGACACUCACCGUUGAGGAACUGGUCAGCACCACCAGCAGCAUUGUGACAGACAGCAAAGAAAGGCAUCUUGCAAGCCUUCCCCAGCAGACAGUGGAUCUCCUCCAGUCCGAGGGCUCCUACAUUACUUUUGGCCAGUUCCAGGAGCAGAGGGUGUCAGUGUGGGAGCUCCUCUCCACCAAGCAAGUCUCCGAGUACAAACGAGAAGCACAUCUUGACACUUACGGCACAGGAGGGCUGACCGUGAACAAGAUCACCAUCACCACCACCGUCAUCACAGGCCCACAGCGUAAGAAGAGACACCACCAGGACCACUAGCACCACCAGAAGAGGAACGAGCUCUGCCUUCUGGGGCAGGCAUGGCCUGGGCACUUGUGAGAGUUCGCUCUCCACAUAACUCAGUUAUGGGCAGGAAAGAGUGGUGACAAACCUGUGUACAGAACAGUGCGGGUGCGUGGUUAAACUCCUUGCUGUCUCAACUACUACUUUGCUGAGAUUUCUUUUGCCCAGUGGAGCUUUCCCGGAGGGCUUCUGGGGGAAGGCCCAGGAAGGCUUGUGGCUGCGGCUUUCUGCCGUGCACACACAGGCAGUGACAAAGAACAGGGAAAUGGGGAGCCAGCACCCAAGUCAGAUGGGUUGGAGACUGCCACGAAUGGGAGCAGGCAGAAACCCCAGUGCAGGAGCUGUGGGCAGCACAACUGGCAGCCCCAGAAGAGCCACAGAGGGACAGACAACCUCUGCUCAGGAUAGCUGGGACCCUGGCCCUGCUGAACAGCAAGCAGCGGGGACAGCACAUGUGGCUGUGGUCGCCCAUGGGACAUUUAGCCUUGACCUGCCCUUUGGCUCUGCUGCUGCAGGCUGGGGUCAUGGGGGUCUGCUGGGCUGCCAGAGCUUGCUGCAUGUGAGCAUUGUGGGGAGAGGGGUGCUGGUGCCAGGGCUCUGACACCUGCAACGGUGAGAGGCUGCUGGGUGCGCACGCAGGAGCGGCAGUGCUUCCGUGGGGCGAGAUGACGCUGCACCCAGGGCGGGAGUGCUCCCAUGUAUGACCAGGAAACCUCAGGUUCCUGUGCGCAUGGAAGUCACUGCCUGUCACGGAGGGAGAAGCACCAACAGGAGCACCCCCACGCCGCUCAGUGCAGUGGGGGGGCCAGGCAUGGCUCCCUGUCCCAUACCCCUGCGUGCACGCGCAGACCCACGUGCGCAGAGGUGUGCGCCACGGAGCUGUGCACGCGUGCGCUUGCAGAGCCGUGUGCUGCGGAGCCACGUUCUGCGCCCGUGCACGUGUGCCACACAGGUGUGUACUGCAGAGCCGUGCACGCGUGUGCCACAGAGCGUGUGCCCCAGGCUGUGCGCGCCGGUACGGCAGAGCCAUGUGCUGCAGUCAGGCACACGCGUGUGUGCAGAGCCACGAGCGGGGCUGGCCGUGCCAUGCCGUGGGGAGUCCUGUGCUGCGUGGGGGUGCCAGGGGGUUGGACAGACACAUGGCGCAGCCCGCGGUGUGCGUGUCUGUGUCCCUGUUACCGGGCUCUGUGUGCAUGUAACACAAGGCUCUCUGGCUGUGACACCCCCGUGUGACACAGCUGCUGUCCUCUGCCAGCAUGGUGGGGCCCUCAGGCCGUGGA